AUGCAUUCUGCAAAUCAAUUCAUCGAACAGACAGUCCAAGAGCUGGAGAAAGCCAAAAAGUUGGGCAGCUUUAUAAAAGCUAAUGAUCCAGCAAUUCUGGGAGUUUUGCCUCCAUGCGAGAGAACAGAUCACCGAGAUGGCAUGAUCAUUUAUACGGAUGUUGUUAUUCCAACUCGAGACGGAACCAAGCUCCGGGGUAAUAUCUAUCGCCCAGACAAAACCGAUGAGAAGCUUCCGGUUCUACUCAACUACAGCGUUUACGGGAAAGAUAUGGCUCUGGAGGCCUGUAUGUUCCCUAGAAGUAGCGGACUAGACAACAGUCACUAUACGCCAUACUACCAGUUUGAAGCGUGUGAUGCACCUUGGUGGACCCAGAGGGGAUACAUUGUUGCUUAUGUGGAUACACGUGGCUCUUUUCAGUCAGAAGGUGACAAGAGCUAUUACUCUCGCGAUGUUGCUCUUGAUGGUUACGAUAUCAUCGAAUGGCUUGCUGUUCAGGAAUGGGCAAGCGGAAAGGUCGGAAUGUACGGCGCCAGUGCAUUUGCCAUGCUGCAGUGGAUUGUCGCAGCAGAAAAUCCCCCAUCGCUUGCGGCAAUCUUGCCUUUCGAUGGUAUGACAGAUAUCUACCGAGAGAUGGCCCGGAAGGGCGGUAUUCCCGAGACUCAGUUCAUGGCCGUGUACCCGCAACAAUAUAACUGGGGUAGAGGUCUGGUGCAAAACAGUGAAAAUGCUCAUUUCGAUCAUCCAUUCUUUGAUGAUUACUGGCGCAGCAAAAUUCCUCGCCUUCAUCAGAUCAAGUGUCCGGCUUAUGUGGUCUGUUGCUGGGGAGAUCAAGGGAUUCACACUCGCGGCACGUUGAAUGGAUGGAAACAGAUUGGUUCUUCAACAAAGUAUCUGGAGAUCCACCCCUAUCAAAAGUGGGAAUUUGCUCUUACCGAAGAAUCUCUUACCCGGCAAAGGGCCUUCUUUGAUACAUUCUUGCAUGAGAAAGAAACCGAGGUCAAGUUUUGGCCUCCUGUCAGAUGGACCAUGCGUCAAAGCUUCUAUAAUUCGGAGUGGCGCUAUGCUACCACAUUCCCCUUCCCGAAUACUGAGUAUGCAAAGUUCUACCCCACAUCCGCUGGUGGUUUAUCGCAAGUCGCCCAACCUUUAGAGCAGAGUGUUUUGUAUGAUGCUCAAACAGGCGAGGUUACUUUUGAUAUCCCUUUCAGUGAAUCCUUCGAGUUCGCUGGCCACGGAAAAUUGCGUCUCUGGGUUGAAGCGCGUGGGGCUGACAACAUGGAUCUUUUCAUUGUUCUGAAGAAGAAAGAUGCUGCAGGCAAUGAGGUUCACUUCCCGUGGCUUACUAUUAUUGAAACUGGUCCUGUUGCUUUCGGCUUUCUUCGAGUUUCUCGACGCGAGUUGGAUGAAUCCAAAUCAACAGAAUUCCAGCCCUACCACAGCCAUCAGAGGGACCUCCUCCUCGAACCUGGGCAAGUGGUCCCCGUGGAUAUAGAAAUUCAGCCAUCCUCGUGCCGACUGCGUGCGGGCGAUACCUUGCAAGUGAGCAUUUCCGGACAUGAUUAUGGGAAAUACCCUUCCGAGAUUCCCUUGCCCCGUCAUGAACGGACCGUCAAUCAAGGAGCUCAUGUGAUUCACUUUGGCGGAAAGUAUGAUAGCUUUUUGCAAUUACCUCGCAUUCCUCCUGUGGCAGGAUCCUCAUUAAGUCAUGGAAAAUCUAUCAAGAUGAUUAUACUCGCCAAUCGCAUCAAAGGAUGGACUGACGAAAAAUUCCUGGGGGAAUAUCUUAAAGCUCAUGGCGGUAUGACAGAACAAUUAUCUCACAUGGUCCCCUUCCUGAGAGCCUAUACACAAGUCGCGGGAGUUCCAAGAACCGCUGUGAAGACCUUCUGCACCGAGCAGUCACGCUUUGAGAUUGCGAGCAUUUUGGCGUGGUCUAGCCUGUCAAAGCUGGGAGGCUCCUUCAAGCACCCAAGCUACAAAGCAACUGCUGGACAGCAUAUCUUCGCGGAUCCAAAACUUGUCGGGUCACUUAGUCAGGCCUUCGCGGAUAUAGUGUUCGAUCCCGUUCUUUUCAAGGCCCGCCAGGAUUCCUUUGAGGUCAUUGUCUGCUUGGGCAAGGCUUCCAAGCAAACUGUCUCCGAUGCUGAUCUCCAGAGCAGGAGUGACGUACUGAAAGAGCUGGGUUCGGGGACGGGAUUGCUGCGCUAUGUCCUGAAUCGCGAUGUCACCCCCUCAAACCCAGCAGAGUUCUUCAAAGAUACUCCGUUCAAGGGUGGAGACUGGGGUACCAUGGGCGCUAUGGAGCAGUACUGGUUUCGCGACGAAAACUCAGCCGUUGACUUCUUUGCAGACCCAGCUCGUGUGCAAGCUCUUCAAAGCCUGCCCUCGUCGUUCGACCCCCAGCUCACUAUUAGUGUCACAGGAAAGGAAACUAGAGUCUUUGCGAAGGACCUUGACUUUUAA